UUUACAAUGGCAACUUGCGUCGAUGUCAGUGUCAGUGUAAUGAAAUAAUGAUCUGUCAAAAAAUAUUGUUUUCUUUCUGUGACGAAGACCAUAAUUUGGAAAUUAAUAAAAAUUAAACUUAUUUAAUUGAAUAAAUAGUAACCAGUACCAGUAGAAGUGGAGUUAAUAAAAGGACGAUUUAGUUGUAGACGCAUAUACCUAAACGGACAUGCUGUAGUGCAUUUAACAGGCAACAAUGGGUAAUGCAGGCUUGAAACAACACUAUGAAACUGCUUCUAAAACAGGUGUUUUACAAAUAUCUGACCACAAACUCAAAGACAUUCCACCAGAAGUUAUAAGUCUAAGUGAGAAACUCAGAAAUCUAGAUCUAUCUAAGAAUAGACUGUCUUAUUUGCCAGAGGAAUUAAGCAAGUUUAAACUAUUGAAGCAACUGAAUUUGGAAAGCAACAAAUUAGAAAUGGUACCACAUUAUGUUGCCAAUCUGCAAAAGUUGGAGCUGUUAAACAUCUCUAAUAAUUCAAUCCAAUCAUUGCCACAUACAUUCUGUAAAUUGUGCAAUUUGAAACAAAUUUAUUUGAAUAACAAUAAAUUCAAACAGUUUCCAGUGCAAUUGCUGGGUAUUUCUAAUUUAGAGGUAGUGGACCUCUCUCAUAAUAAAAUAACUGAAGUACCAACGGGCAUGUCAAACUUCUUUGCAGCAGAGUUAAAUUUAAGUCAAAAUGAGAUUUCUGCAUUAAGUGAAGAUUUACAUCUAGCUCCAAGAUUGAAAAUAUUAAGAUUAGAAGAAAACUGCUUGAGUCUUGAGGCUAUAAACCCAAGUUUGCUUAGAGAUUCAAAAAUACACACAAUGAAUUUGGAUGGUAACUUAUUUGAAGUGAAGCAGUUGGCUUCCGUUGAAGGAUACAAUGAAUACACUGAAAGAUACACCGCUAUGAAGAAAAAAAUGUUUUGAUGUUUGAAUGUAUUUAUCACAUCUUAACUUUAUACCAAAUAUCACUAGUUACUUUAAACUAUCAUAUUUUUAUAUAAACAUGUACACACCACAAUUAUGUUAAUUUAUUUUCACUUUAUUGAAUUUAUUGCUUUUUACUAUUACUCACCCUAGCUAGACUGAAAUUAUGUAAAUAUAUGUUAUCUAUAAUUUGAAGAAAUAUUAAUUUAUACAAUAAUAAUGUUAGAAUAUUAAAAAUAACUGCUCAAAUGUUAUGGAAAUCACCAGUAUAAGUACAAGCAACAGUCUGUGUCAUUAAAUAUCUAAUUCUUGUAUUUAAUAAUUUUAAAUUCUUACCCAUAAUACAAGACAGUUUUAUUGGAAUAAAUAGCAAAUAUUUUUAGAUGGUUAAUUAAAUAACAUCUUAGAUUUUACCACAAAGUUACUUGUACUCCCAUUUAAUCCUAAACUAUUUGUGCACACAUGGCGGCAUUACAAUAAUGGUUGAUUAAAAAUGUGAUAAUAAUUCCUUGAUUGAAAUUAAUAUUUUCUGUUUAGUGUAUAAUCAAAUUGCAUUUUGAUUGUGGCAAAAUAAGCGUGUUUACUGUGAAUUUUUUAAUCUAUGUCUGUCUACCUAUUAGUACAUACAUGAUAAUUUCCUUUCAUUCUUAAUCAAUUCCGGCGUGGAUGGA